CUUCUGGGUAGGGGCUUCUACCCCGCCCCUCAGGUGAAGGCUUUAACGGCUGCGUCUGCGGCGCCGCUCCUUCUAGGAUGGCUGCCCUGGUUGUAAACAAACCUGGAGCGGGACUAGACAGUGGUCGUCAGGGCAGCCGGGGGACGGCCGUGGUGAAGGUGCUGGAGUGUGGAGUCUGUGAAGAUGUCUUUUCUUUGCAAGGAGACAAAGUACCUCGCCUCCUACUUUGUGGCCACACAGUCUGUCAUGACUGUCUCACUCGGCUGCCUCUUCAUGGAAGAGCAAUCCGUUGCCCUUUUGAUCGACAAGUAACAGACCUAGGAGAUUCAGGUGUCUGGGGAUUGAAAAAAAAUUUUGCUUUAUUGGAGCUUUUGGAACGACUACAGAAUGGACAUAUUGGCCAGUAUGGAGCUGCAGAAGAAGCCAUUGGAAUAUCUGGAGAGAGCAUCAUUCGUUGUGAUGAAGAUGAAGCUCAUGUUGCAUCUGUAUAUUGCACUGUAUGUGCAACUCACUUGUGCUCAGAGUGUUCCCAAGUUACUCAUUCUACAAAGACAUUAGCAAAGCACAGGAGAGUGCCUCUAGCUGACAAACCUCAUGAGAAAACCAUGUGCUCUCAGCAUCAGGUGCAUGCCAUUGAGUUUGUUUGCUUGGAAGAUGGCUGUCAAACUAGCCCACUCAUGUGCUGUGUCUGCAAAGAAUACGGAAAACACCAAGGUCACAAGCAUUCAGUAUUGGAACCAGAAGCUAACCAGAUCCGAGCAUCAAUUUUAGAUAUGGCUCAUUGCAUACGGACCUUCACUGAGGAAAUCUCAGAUUAUUCGAGAAAAUUAGUCGGAAUCGUUCAGCACAUUGAAGGAGGAGAGCAAAUAGUAGAAGAUGGAAUUGGAAUGGCUCACACAGAACAUGUACCCGGUACUGCAGAGAAUGCCCGAUCGUGUGUCCGAGCUUAUUUUUCUGAUCUACAUGAAACUCUGUGUCGUCAAGAAGAAAUGGCUUUAAGUGUUGUUGAUGCGCAUGUUCGAGAAAAACUGAUUUGGCUCAGACAACAACAAGAAGAUAUGACUAUUUUGUUAUCCCAGGUUUCAACAGCCUGUCUCCAUUGCGAAAAGACUUUGCAACAGGAUGAUUGUAGAGUUGUCUUGGCAAAACAAGAAAUUACAAGGUUACUGGAAACAUUGCAAAAGCAGCAGCAGCAGUUUACAGAGGUUGCAGAUCACAUUCAGUUGGAUGCCAGCAUCCCUGUCACUUUUACAAAGGACAAUCGAGUUCACAUUGGACCCAAAAUGGAAAUUCGAGUUGUUACGUUAGGAUUAGAUGGUGCUGGAAAAACUACUAUUUUGUUUAAAUUAAAACAGGAUGAGUUCAUGCAGCCUAUUCCAACAAUUGGUUUUAAUGUGGAAACUGUAGAAUAUAAAAAUCUAAAGUUCACCAUUUGGGAUGUAGGUGGAAAACACAAAUUAAGACCAUUGUGGAAACAUUAUUACCUCAAUACCCAAGCUGUUGUAUUUGUUGUUGAUAGCAGUCACAGAGACAGAGUUAGUGAAGCACACAGUGAACUUGCAAAGUUGUUAACGGAAAAAGAACUCCGAGAUGCUUUGCUCCUGAUUUUUGCUAACAAACAGGAUGUUGCUGGAGCUCUGUCAGUAGAAGAAAUCACUGAACUUCUUAGUCUCCAUAAAUUGUGCUGUGGCCGAAGCUGGUAUAUUCAGGGCUGUGAUGCUCGAAGUGCUAUGGGACUGUAUGAAGGGUUGGACUGGCUCUCACGGCAACUUGUGGCUGCUGGAGUGUUAGAUGUUGCCUGAGUUUAAAUGCAGCAGUUGUUUAAAGUUUUGUGGUUAAAAGUUAUUUUGCACAUAACAUGAUGUAAGAAAUUCUACAUCUCAAAGAUAGUUAACUUACAAUGUAUAUAUAAAAGGAAUCUUGGAUUGGGAAUUCAGUACGGUAUUGCUUUUAAAAAACUCUAGUAAAAUUUAAUCUGAUUGAGCAGAUUAAACUGGAUUAAAUAGGGACUUAUUGGAUAU